AUGGGUGUGGAGCAUGUCGACGCCUUUGGCAUGUCCAUCCCUGUGAGGAAGAAGGGUCGGCACCACCUCGCCUUCAGUCAGGGCAGCACCCUCGCGCCGGCCUCCGCAAAGACCUACCUGAGCCACGCCUUUAAGGACCACCUGGAGGAUGUCAAGGACGCAAUGGCCCGCCUGGCGUCAGCCGUGCCAGAAGCCGAGCUGGGCAAGGCGUGCUACCCCCUGUACGAACACUUCCGCCCCGCAUGGAAAGGGUGGGGCCAGAGCGCGGAGCUGGACAUCGACGGCAUCUGCCAGCUGGCGCACGGCGGCGCCUGGAAGGAAUACGCCCCUUGA